UGCGAGAUGAAUGAAGUUUUUGGGAUUUGCAAAGGAGUUUGGGUGGCCUGGAAUUCGGUUUCGCGCUCAGCAUUGAACCGGAUAAAGAGAGUAAUCUUCGAGUUAGUGAUUGAAUCCCAUAGAUUAGGUGAAAUACAGAUGGCGAAUGCUGAAAGCAGUCCUGAGAAAGAAAUGGUCACACAGUUCCACAAGAAUGCUGCUACAGGAGAUACAGAAAAAUUGUCAACUAUGUUAAAUUAUUCUCUGUCUCUCAUCAACAAAGUGGAUGAAAAAGGCUGGACCGCCUUGAUGUAUGCUAGCAGGAAUGGACAUUCUGAAGUUAUUCAGCUGCUUCUUGAAAAAGGGUGUGAUAAGUCUAUUUCAAAUAAUUCAGGACAAACAGCACUGGAUAUUGCAGAAUUCUGGGGACACAAGCACAUUGCUGAUUUGUUGGCAAACCCUAAAUCUGAUGCUAGAUCAAGGAUGUGGUAUGAUGGCCCAGAAGAAAAUGAGAAUUAUUUUGGCAGAACUUUGCUCAAUAGAUUAAGUGUAAAAAGGACCAAUUCUGAUUGGAUAAAAAACAAACAGAUACAGCCAACCACUGUCUACAUUUUAUUUUCCAAUCUAAAUCCAUUAGUUAUUUCAGCAAAAUGUGAAGACUCUGGAAAAACUGGCUUCCACCUCUGCAGAUUGCAGUACGAUGAUGUGGAACAGCUCUUGGCCAAUCCAGAAGUCACUUCAGUUUUCCUUGGAGCAGAGCUACAGGGUGGAGCUUGUACUAAAGUUGCAGUAGGCAGUGCCUUAGCAGAAGAUAAUGGGCUUAUUGCUUGGUUUGCAGUAAAUGCAGAAUUUGUUGCUCCCGAAAACUUUAGGGUUAAAUACCCAGAUUGUCGUUUUCUCCAGCCACUCAUCCCACAUCUAUUGAACUUAAAUAAGGAAGAAGCCGGUGUGGUGGCACAGGCCAGAUCUGUCCUUGCCUGGCAUAGUCGGUACAAGUUCUGUCCUACCUGUGGAAGUAACACAGAAGUUCAAGAUAAUGGUUAUAAGAGGAUAUGCUUGCAGGAAAAUUGUCCAAGCCUCCAAGGAAUCCAUAAUACUUGCUAUCCACGUAUCCAGUUGUAAUAAUGCUGGUCAUCCAUCCUGAUGGCAACAGUUGUCUUCUUGGAAGACAGAAACAUUACCCUCCAGGAAUGUUUUCGUGUCUGGCAGGAUUUAUUGAACCAGG